AUGAAGACAUAUCUUCGUAGUCAUGUGGCCCAUGAAAUCCAUGUUGCAUUGAUCCACUUCCAAGACCUUAUUCCAGUAAUGGAUAAAUAUAUUUACAAUGACGGAACUACCAAGGUCUUGAUGAGUCUAACAGGAACUAUACCCAUCCUUUUUAACGAUAAGAAUUACAACAUUCCUAUAAAUUUGUGGCUUGAGGAAAGCUAUCCUCAGUCGGCCCCCAUCUGCUAUGUCAGACCAAUGCGGGAGAUGAUGAUCCUGCGAGGAAACUACGUCUCAGGCAAUGGUGACGUCAUGUUGCCAUACUUGCAUGAAUGGAAGCAGGGGAAAUGUGACCUGGUGAGCCUUCUGCAGGUGAUGGUUGCCACGUUUGGAGAUCACCCCCCCAUCUGUAUGCGACCUUAUUAUCCCCAGCCUACACAAGCAUCCUGUAAGUAAAUGUACCCAUAAGCCAAAAAAAAAGUACAAGUUAAAACCAUCGCAGCAGCACAGAGAACCUUAGUGGUUUGUUAGCAUGGCUUACCCCACAGUCACUAACAUGGGCUCCAUUUUCAUGGAACGCACAAGUGUGUUGGGCAUAAAAGAAGCACUAGCCUGGAUGCACCAGUUUGGUAGUUUAUUGACACACUGUUCUGCACAAAGCUGGGCUUUCCAGCGUAAACGAAGACUUCGCUAAGCCCACAUGACAAUUUGGUGACUGACAAUCAGUUUAAGCUUACACCUCGACAGACAAAAUCUGACUUUCGAGCGAUGGUCUAACACACUAUUUUGGUGGCCUGGUUGAAGGGAGCUCCGUUGAUGUGUGGUGUAUUUAAUUAAUAAACUUGGGAACGACAUGCAUUGAAAACUGAACCAUUGCAUAAAUUAAAACAUUGAAUUUACUGUUUCUACUCAACCCAGUGGCUAUGGAUAUGAUGUGAAUGGGCGUAUAACACACAAACACACACAAACGAUCGAAUUAAGACACUGUUCGAGGGCCCACUUAACAGGCCAGAUCAGAGGUUGCGCUAGACAUUUUCGUUGUCUGUCAUUUUGACUGACAGGGUCAUAAAAAUCCGGUCAUAAUCUAUUUUUACCUGUCACUUAAAUUUUUAAAAUGAUAAUGAUGACAUUUUCAAUAGUAUUUAGUUUUCAUUCAUUUUUAAUUAAUAUUGUAACGCUUGCUUGGCGGCGAAAAAUUAGACACGGAAGUCGUGGUAUUUUUCUCCCUCUUUUUAACUCUGCUUACGGCCAACAACACCAACAAAACAACAACUCCGCCCCAAAAGAAAAAGAGGCAACUAUAAAGACCCCAAUCACCAACGUCACACAAUGAUCUUAAUUGUGGUUGUCAGCCCAAAAUCUUCUAAAUAUAUAUUAAAUGCAUCUUACCAGAUAUAAAAUGACUACUACAUAGUCUGUGGUGAUCGUUUGGUGCCCAGAUUUCUUGUCGAAUUACAGCAGUCCCUCUCGCUCUCCUCUUCGGGUCUCUCAGAAUACGGUAGAACUUCAAGUCUCUCCGUCUAUCUUCUCUGUUACUGCAACCAACCGCCACACACGCCUUCACCAUUUUGAUUAUUAAUGUUAACGAGCAGAAAAACACGCGGUAAUAGGAGGCAUGUACGUAGCGGUAAUGUGUAAACACAACGAGCUGACACACAAUAUGGCGGCCCCAGUCAGGGGGGGCGGAGUUGUGACGUCAUGUGAUUGCGGUCUAUAGACCCUACUCACCUACGUCACAAAAUGACGUAGGUGAGUAGCGGUGUAUCCGGCCGCCAUAUUGUCCGUAUUUUUUAGACCUAUUCUCAUUGUUUUCAAUUAGUCGUGCAAGUUAUAGAGCAAUUCAUGGAAGCCCCGGUGUUAUCUGACGCUGUAAACUCAUUGGAUGGGUUGCAUAAAAGGCGUUAUGUGGAAAAGCUUCAGUUUAUCCAUUCGCCAGAUCCAUAUUUGAUGCCUAAAUCGAUGUUUUUCGACCCGCUGUCUUCGCCGUCUUUGCCUGACAUCUUCUACACUGAUAUUUACAACUAUCUUGUCCACACAAAAUCAGCCUAUUCUCACGAAAGUUUGAAAAACUUUAAGAGCUUGGAUGCUUAUAAAUACUUCGUUGCUGGUUGGGUGAAACAGGUCCUCGUCCACGAAAAUUCGGCAGGAAUCUAUCUUGUGCUCGGGAA